ACGCUUGCAAAGCUCCUGGAGCUGUAUGUAGCUACCAAGCUUCAUGUCUCCUGCUCUUUUCCUUUUCUGCAUUGCAUUAUUUUAAAUAAUGAGUCCAAUUAUCUAACCUCUAAAGGAUUUAAACACACUGUAGAAAUACAUAAUUGUAAGAUGCCAUAUAAUCAAACCCAUUAAUUUGGAUAAAUUCCCUUUUCCUAACUUAUACUGAAAUGAACAUUGUAGGAAAGCUCAGUUUAAUGAUACCAUGGAGUAUAUUCUUGCUGCAUUCACUGCUGUUCUCUUUGCAAGGAUCUUAUUGCAAGCUUUCUCUUUUGAGAAGAACUUUGAGAAAUGAGUUUAAUGCAACUCGACAGAAAAGAGAUCUUGUAACAGCUGAGGUUCAAGCUGCCUCUCGGUUUCACCAUCAUGGGGCUCUGGUGCGGAGUCCACCAGGAGGUUCAUGUCCUCAGGAGUGCCUUAAUGGAGCUGCCUGCACUGAAGCAGGUGACUGUGACUGUCAGUUAUUUCAGGCGCAAGGAAGCAGGUGCCAAAUUGUACCUAACACUGGUAAGGACCGAGAUGGGAUUUGCAAAUCGUGGGGACAGUAUAAUUUUGAAACAUUUGAUGGCAUCUACUACUACUUCCCAGGAAAUUGCUCCUAUAUAUUUGCAAAAGACUGCAGUACUCUGGAACCCCAAUACACUGUUUGGGUUCAUAACAGUCCUCACUGUUAUGGCUCAGUAUAUACUUGUCAUAGGUCCAUCAGCUUAUUUUUUUCAAACCAAGAAGAAAUAAUGAUUUCAGGACAUGAAGUAAGAAAAAAUGGAAUCAGAUUAAUAUUGCCUCAGACAGUUGGAAAUGCUUUCAUUGAGAGACUGGCUGACUAUAUUCUGGUGAAGACUACCUUUGGUUUUUCUCUUGCUUGGGAUGGAAACUCUGGUAUUUAUAUUAAGUUGACAGAAGAGCAUAAGGGAAAACCUUGUGGCCUGUGUGGAAAUUUUAAUGGCAAUAAAUAUGAUGACCUGAUACUUCAAAAUAUAGGUGAAUAUACAGAAGACAUUGCUGAAUUUGCAAAUAGCUGGGCUGUGCAAGCCUCAGAUGAUAUAGCUUGUGUCCCUAUUGCCUCAGAUUUUUCCAGUCCUUGCUCAGCCGAUGCAGAAUCCACUGAGGACAUAUUCUUCAAGUGCCAAAUAUUCCUACAGUUUCCUUUUCUCAGCUGUCAUGAAAGCAUAGAUCCGUAUUCUUAUAUUUCAAGCUGUAUGAAUGAUCUUUGCAGAGUGGAUGAUGAUGAAACAUACUGCAGGGCAGUGACAGAGUACGCUAGAGCAUGCUCUCACGCUGGGUCCCCGGUGCGGGACUGGAGGGAUGACUUUCCUGCCUGUACUGAGAAGUGUGAAGACACCUUUGUUCACCGUGACUGUAUCAGUUGUUGUCCACCAACCUGCACAUUUGAAAAAGAUUGUCUUGGCAGCAACCUGCACUGUUUAGAUGGCUGUUACUGUCCAGAUGGUCUCAUUAUGGAAAAUGGAACUUGUAUCUCUUUGUCAAGUUGUCCUUGUAUUUAUCAUGGAACUGCUUUUCCUGUAGGCUCAAAGAUUGAACAAGAAUGUAGCAACUGUGUCUGUGUUGGUGGCAUUUGGAACUGCACUGAUCAUGAUUGUCCAGCUGAGUGCUCCAUCACAGGCAGCUCUCAUUUCACAACAUUUGAUGGACGUCAUUUUACCUUUCUUGGGAUUUGCCAGUACAUUUUGGUAAAAGGCACUGGAAAAAACAAAUUCACAAUCACUUUACAAAAAGCACCUUGUGGACAGAACUUUGACCACGCCUGCAUUGAGUCUGUAACACUAGUUCUUGAAGAUGAUGCGAGGAACCAAGUAACCAUCACAAGAUAUGGUCAAAUCCAAACUGUCCCUAACCAAGUUUUUAAUCUCAAUGGGGCUAUUGAAAUUCAGAAUAUAUCUUCUUUCUUUGUUCAACUGAAAACUAGUUUUGGUUUGAAGAUACUGUUUGCUAAAGAUGGAGAAAGGAUCUAUGUUCAAGUUGACUUCAGAUGGAAGAGAAGAACAUUAGGACUAUGUGGAACAUACAAUGGAAAUUUAAGGGAUGAUUUUCUAUCUCCAGCAGGGAUGAUAGAAGGGACCCCACAACUUCAUGCCAAUGCAUGGAAGGUUUCCUCAGCUUGCUCCAUGCCUAUCAAUAUUCCUGUGGUUGAUCCUUGCAACGUUAAUCAGCAAAAUGCUGGGUACGCAUCUCACUGUGAUAUCAUCAACCAAGACAUUUUUGCUCCCUGCCAUGCGUACAUCAGUCCAGGGUUAUACCACCAGCUCUGCCGCUUUGACGCGUGCAAAUGUGGAAGCAGCUGUUUGUGCAACGCUUUGGCGCACUAUGCUUAUGUCUGCGGCAAGCACGGCGUCAUCGUUGACUUCAGAUCCCACGUCUCUUACUGUGCUGUGAUGUGUCAUAGUGGUAUGCUUUAUCAUCAGUGCUCUUCUUUUUGUAAACAUUCCUGUGCUUCACUUUCUAUGGCAAAUAUCUGUGCUGAUGACUGUGCAGAAGGAUGUAAUUGUCCUGAUGGGAAGUAUUUUGAAGAGUCGGUCAACUUUUGUGUAUCGAUAUCUGGCUGUCAUUGUCAUUACAAAGGCAAAGCCCUCCAGCCUGGAGAAAUCCUUCCUAUGCCAACAGGCUCCUGUCAAUGUUUGAAUGGAACAGUGAAAUGUAUUGAAGCCACUACAGAAAACAUAGUUCACAUAUGCCCUGAAGGAAAAAUCUACUAUGACUGCAGAUCUCCUGUGCCUGGGUUGCCAGCAGCGGGUGUGAAUUGUGGGAUCUCUUGUGCAAACCUUGCCAUGAACUUCUCCUGUGUCCCAUCACCACCCUGUGCAAGUGGCUGCAUUUGCCCCCCUGGGAUGGCUGAGCACAGAGGGAAAUGUUAUAUUCCUGAAAGUUGCCCAUGCACCUGGAAAGACAGGGAGUUUCUGUCAGGAGAAGUGAUAGCUACUCCGUGUUACACCUGUGUUUGUCGGAGAGGCGUCUUCAACUGCACCAGUUACCCCUGUCCCGCUGUGUGCACCGUCUAUGGAGACCGACACUAUUACACCUUUGAUGGACUGGAGUAUGAUUAUGUCAGCGACUGCCAAACUUACCUGCUAAAGAGCACAGAUAAUUCAAAUAUAUCUAUAAUUGCUCAGAACAAAAAGUGCUUUGACAAUGAUAUUGUUUGCUCGAAGAAUGUUUUCAUCACUGUUGGAGAUACUGAGAUUUAUUUUAGUGAACCUUCUGAGAAACAGAAGACUCUAGGGGCACAGGAAAACAAAUCUAACUAUCAGCUCUGGAAGGCUGGAUACUAUACUGUGAUACACUUUCCAGAACAGGACAUUACAAUUCUAUGGGAUAAGAAGACAAUGAUGCAUGUUAAAGUUGGACCUCGAUGGAAGGGCAAACUGGCAGGCUUGUGUGGAAAUUUUGACAAAUAUACUUCAAAUGAUCUGACUACAUCAAACAACAUGGAGGUGAGAAAUGCACAGGUGUUUGGAGACAGCUGGGUAUUAGGACAGUGCAAGAGCCCAAAUGAAACACUGAGACCAUGUGAAGUACAUCAGAGCAAGUUCCCUUAUGCCAAAAAGGAAUGCUCAAUUUUAUACAGUGAUCUUUUUGCACCUUGUCGCAAUGUGAUUGAUGUCACUUCUUUUAUCAAAAAUUGUCACACAGAUACAUGCAACUGCAAUCUUGGUGGGGACUGUGAGUGUUUGUGUACCAGUAUUGCAGCUUAUGCCCACAAGUGCUGCCAGCAGGGAGCAGCAAUUCAUUGGCGAUCUCCUUUGCUCUGUGCGUAUGACUGUGAAUAUUACAACCAAGGUCUUGGUGAAGGACCCUAUAUUUUGGCAAGUUUUGGAGUGAAUGACACAAUUAUAGGGGCUAAUGUAUCCAGCAGAAGGAUAUUUCCCCUGCCUAGAACCGGAGCACACAGAAAUGUAAUUUUCAGUUUCAUGAUAACUCCAGGUCUUUUCAAAGACAAAGAUUUAUCUCUAUCUCUUGUUUCCUUUGAAUCUGCUGAAAGACCAAACUACUUUCUGUAUGUACAUGACAAUGAAACCAUUGGGUUGGAGCAGUGGCAAGCAAGUGCCUCCUUUCAGAGACGAGCCACCUUCUUCCACCACCAGGGUCUCUGGAGUCCAGGGCUCAGUGCCUUCGAACUGCACAGUAAAAAAGGCUUUUUCAUCAUUCUCACCUCAUCCAGUGUUAAAGUGGAAAAGUACGAUGAUUCAGAAGAAUUCAAAUAUUUCAGUAGCUUUAGUAUUGAAGAACUCAGUGCUUCUGUGCCUUACAGAAGGAUGUGUGAAUGGCGAUAUGAAUCUUGUGCUAAUCCUUGUUUUAAGACAUGUAGUGAUCCUGAAGGAAUAGCAUGUAAAUUUCUUCCUCUGGUUGAAGGAUGCAUGCCAUACUGUCCCAAAAACAUGAUCCUUGAUGAGGUCACACUUAGAUGUGUUUAUCCAGAAGACUGCAUACCUGUGACACCUACAGAAUCAGAAACUGGACUGAAACCUUCACCGUUAAUCUCUCACAUGGGUGCUACCACAGAGAGAUUUCCUCAGACACCUCCUUUACUUGUUACUUCAGGGAAUGAAUCAACUCACAUCAGUGUGACAGACAAAAUAACCAUGAGUGCAAACACAGCUUCAAGGGGAAUUAAUAUGUCGGCACAAUCCAUUACAGACUUUUAUUCAUUGGAAGCAUCUAAUGCAGCCACCUAUUCAACAUUUUCAUUACCAAGAAAGCCGAGUUCUUCGGUAAGUUCUUCAGAAGAUGAUGGAAAAAUAUCAGCCAUAUCAGCUGGAAUCAUCACUCCGUCCACUACACCAAUGAUCACGAACACAACAGUGAAUGCUACAUCCUCAAAAGCACCUUAUAUUUUUGCAAAAAUGCUGCCUAGUUCUUCAGCCAGUUUAUUAGUUACUUCAGGAGCUACCCUAGCCUCUAGGAUCACAACAAAAACCACUGAUUCUUUUGUCAUCAAUUUGGAUUUUUAUAUGGCUUCAGCUUCAGUUCCUACCACCAUAGAAGCACACAAAUCUUUAUUUACAACUGCAGUAACUCAAGCUUCACAGAGCACUAGAGAAACUUCAAAGAUUAACUUAAUGAAAACAACUGGUACUACAAGUCCAUUAUCACAGAUGAAGAGUACCUCAUACAUAGCAUCAGAAGUUGAAUACACAACUUCAUUUGAAAAAACUGUGGAUAUUUCAGAAGGUGGUCAGACUUCACAUGAGCAAAGAAAUGCUACCAAGAUGAAGACAACCACAACUGACAAAUCUUCCCCACCUUAUUUGCCAGUAACUGCAGUUCAGAGUUUGCUUUUUUCAAGAAAUACAACCUCAGUCAAAAAUAUCUCUGUUUCUGGAGUCCUGGGUGUAACAACAUCAGAUACGUCCAAAAUGCCAACACAGAAACCCAUUACACCUUACUUUAGUGUAACAGAGGCCACAGAGCUGCAAACCAGAACUAUAAUAGAUACAUCUCAUUCUAGUGGUAGAAUGGCUCUGCUUUCCUCUUCAGAAAUGACGCCUGUAGCUGACAAGGCUUACUUUGGCACCAUGAUGCAUACACUGAUGUCUACAUCUUCUGAGUGUGUGCCGAGAUACCUCGAACCUGUUGACAAAUGUAGCCAGUAUGUCUGUGUUAAUAUGGGUUGGAUGUUAUACAAUCUUUCAAGGAACUGCCCUAAGGAUGUGCUGAAGCCAGGUUGUGGUUUUCGAGGAAUGCCUGUUCAAGUUAACACUGAUAGCUGUUGUCCAGAAUGGGAAUGUCCCUGUCAGUGUUCUGUACUGUCUGAACUGAGUGUUAUUACGUUUGAUGGAAACAACAUAGCCCUCUGCAAUAUGGCUUCCUAUGUUUUAGUCAAGUUACCAGGAGAAAUUAUUGUUGCUCAUAUUGAAAAAUGUCCUGCUAAUCAGAGUGCAAAUUCAAUAAGAAAACUAGUGCCACCAGCAAACACUUCAGGGCUCUGUUUUAAGAAAUUGAAUGUCACAACACACACAUGUCAAAUACUUAUCAAUCGUUUAGCAAGAAAAGUAAUUGUGGAUUCUGUAAUUCAACCAUUACCAUUUUCAAAAGAAGGACUGAGUGUUCAGGAUACUGGUGCAAUGUAUGUUGUUAAUACCCCAGCUGGUAUUAGCAUCAAGUGGGCUCAUCUUACAGGCAUCAUAGAUAUACAGUAUGGAUUACACUCCAACACAUCGAGGAAGACAGAAGGACUUUGUGGGGUCUGUAAUGGAGAUCCUAGUGAUGACCUGAAAAUGCAAAACAUGACCAUAAUUACAAAUAUGGAGGAAAUUGAAAUGUUCAUUAAGAGUUGGGAAAUUGAGAAAUCACUUGAUGUAACAACCAGGAGGCCAGCAAGAAAUUGUACUGAAGAUAACUGCUCAUACUGUAUGGAACUGUUAAACAGAAGCACUUUCAUCCCUUGUCACAAGAAAGUGUCACCACAGGAAUUUUGUGAGAAGAUGUGGAUCAACAGUUCUAAUUUUUGGAAUUAUGAGUGUGAUGCGCUUUCUGCAUAUGUGGCUUUGUGCAACAAGCACAACAUCUGCAUUAAAUGGAGGACACCUGAUUAUUGUUCACUGAACUGUCCUGAGGGCAAGGAAUACCAGCCUUGUGUGCAACCCUGUGAAGCCAAGACAUGCUUGAAUAAAUGGUUCUAUGAAGAUUCUCCCUGUUCCUAUUUAAGGGAAGACUGUGUGUGUAAAAAUGGCACCAUUCUGCAUAGAACAGACUCUGACCUCUGUAUACCAGAAGAAAAAUGUACAUGUACAGAUAAUAAAGGAGAGCCCCGCUCUGCUGGGGAGAUCUGGAAUGGGUCCAUGAGAGGGUGCUGCAUGUACAGCUGUUUAGAAAAUGGAAGCAUUGUUGCUGUAGAACCUGAAUGCAAUGAGGAUCCAGCACCAGUCUGUGAAAGAGAAGGGGAAGUUCUACUCGAUGUCAUUGAAGAGAGAGCUUGCUGUCCCAAGAAAGUUUGUGAAUGUAACAUGUCACUGUGUGAUGCCAUUAUUCCAACAUGCAAACCCAAUGAACAAUUAGUGGUAGGCUACCAGCCCCUGUCCUGCUGCCCACAGUACCGAUGCGAAUGUGAUCCUUCAGUUUGUUUUAAUGCCUCCCAGCCAGACUGCCGAGAAGAUCAAUUUAUUGUUGAAGCAAAACAGGAAGAUCCCUGUUGUUUCUCUCAUCUCUGUGUUUGUGAAUCCUGUAUUGAGCCUGUUCCCUUGUGCAGUGAAGGGGAAAUUCUCACUGUAGACCUUAAUACCAUACACUACUGUUGUCCUCAUUACUACUGCGUUUGUGAUGAAAAUCUUUGUUCUGAGCCUCCUAUGAUUUGUACAGAUGACAUGACACCUGUGAAGGAAAAAAUACUUGGGCAAUGUUGUCCUGAAUGGCAUUGUGAAUGUAGCUGUGAAAAUGCUACUAUGCUGACCUGUAAAUUGGGAGAAGUUAAAAAAAUAGAUAGCAGUGUUUCCAGUGCUUGUGGAUGCACUCACUACAUUUGUGAGAAGGAUGAUGUGUGCAUCUUCCAAGAGGUCACAGUACUGAAUCCUGGACAGUCAGUGAUUCAGUACUUGGAUGGAGACCUUUGUUACACUGUACAGUGUUUACAAGAAAAAGAUCAGAACACAGGCUACAAUGCCAUGCAUUUCACAAUGAUGAACUGUUCCCAGCAAUGUGAAGCUCAUCAAGUAUAUAUUCCUUCCUUCAGCCACCAUACUUGUUGUGGUACAUGUCAAAACGUGUCCUGCUCUUUUCGUACAGAGAAUGGAACGCUGAUUGUGUAUGAGGAAGGAAGCACCUGGACCUCCAACUGUACCAACUACAAAUGUGCAAAGACUGCUGCAGGGGCUAUUGUACUGGGGUCAAGUGUUGUUUGUCCCCCAUUUAAUGACACUGAGUGUACAAAGAAUGGAGGAAUUGUGCAGACGUAUAAUGAUGGCUGCUGCAAGACCUGCAAAAAGGAAGAAAGGAUUUGCCAGAAAAUGACAAUCAGGACAACCAUAAGAAAAAAUGACUGUAUAAGUCAGAGCCCGAUAAACGUGGCUUCUUGUGAUGGAAAAUGCCCAUCUGCAACAAUUUUCAAUGUCAAUAUUGAUAGCCAUCUAAGAUUCUGUAAAUGUUGUCGAGAAGUGGGAACACGAGUCCUGACUGUGCCAUUGCGCUGCUCAGGAAAUGGCACUGAAAUUACGUACGUCAUUCAAGAGCCUAUAGACUGCUCAUGCCAGUGGAACUGAACAUUGCUGUGGACAUGAUUUAGCUUUCACCAGACACAGUUUUUUGAUCAUGGAUGGCUAUAGAAUUCUGUAGGGAAAUAAAAAAGGCAUCAGUUAUGCUUUAUAAUGUCACUUUCCCCAAAUUUAGCAAAGAUGAUGUUUGUUGUUCUUCAAAUUACCUUUGAAAAUAUUGGCAAGUACAGAAAGAAAAACAUAAAUCCUUUUGAACAAGGUGUAAUUUAUCCAUCAUUUACUUCUACUCAGUGGUUUUCUGUUGAGGUGGUGAAAAAAGCUGGUUAAUAUCUGUAUUUCCAGUGUUUUAAAGGUUUGGAUUGUGGCUACCUAUCAAAGUUGAGAAUUUCUUAGUGGUUCAUUUACUUAGAGGUCUCCAGUUGAAAACUGUCACCACUCCCAUGUUUAAAUGGGAAAGAAGCAUAUUAGGAUUUGGGAAUGACUGAAUUAAUUUGUUUAAAAAACAGUGGGUUCAACUGUAACAUUUUUCAUCUUGCUCAAAAAUCUAUCUUUUGUCUGUUAAGCUGUUGGCAGUGAUGGAUUCUGCUUACACUGUAAGUCACUGAGAAACAACAUGACUGUUAUCUGUAAGUACUUGUAGGAAAUCUCCAGAGUAUAUAGCAGAACCAUAAUACCUUGAAACUUUAGACAUGUAUUUAAUUUUUAUGUAUAUUAUAAAUAUGAAGCAUGAAUCAGCAAAGGCUGAGGAGUUAUAGCUUUUGUGCCUUAAAAAUAUCUGAAAGCCAUUUCUGCUGUGAAGGUUUCCAUUUUAUAUGCAUUUUUUCACUUUUCACAGAAAAGAAAUUGGCUCUCUGCUAGGUAUAGAAUAAGAUUAUAUGUAUAUAUAUUUAUUUUAAAAACCCAGGAUACUGCACAUUUUGAAUAUUCAUAAUGGGUUUUGUCUUUUUUUUCCAGUCUGAAGAUUUGUGUUCAAUGUAUGUUUUAUUUUUUUUUAAUAUGGAUAUUUAGACUAUUGACUGAAUUUAGGAAUCAUAAUUUUUGAGUCCAGGAAAAAAAAAUCAAGUAAAAUAACUGUUUUGAGGGGCUUAGGUGAGUUAUUCAUGCUCAAUCAAGAUGUAACAAGAUGAUUCAACACCCUGAAGUGAGUAUAAUCUCCCUUUUAUUAAACAUACUACAUAACCUGCUUUUAAAAAUAAAGGAUACAAAAUUAAGCUUGUUUUUAGAAGAUUACUUUGCUUUAUAAAGUCACUGAAUGAAAAUUAUUUAAGUUAUGACAGUAUUUUCCUUAUCAAUUUUCCUUUUAAUUGACUCAGAAUUAAAAUUCUUCUCUAAAAGUUUGAAAACCUGAAAAACAGUUUUAAUUUCAAGCUGUCAUCAUUUAAUUACAAAAAGCUUGGAUUAUCACAAGGGUUAUUACAAUGAAAUAUGAGCAAUAUAUAGCAAAAUAGCCUUAAAAUCCAAGGCUAUUUUGCUUCUUUGUGUGACAAAUCUUAAAUCGUUUGCUACAUUCAGUUUGAUGGCUUAUAAAGAAAAAUAGCUUAUACAGAGAAAUCUGUCAUUACUAACAAGACUCAUCUACUCAUCCAUAUCAUUAAAAAUAGUGACUUGGUUUAAAAAUUAAAUAAGAAUCAUUUUAAAAUAUCAGCAAAAUAUUUAACCAUUAUAAAGAAAUAGUGAUCAACUAGAGAUCAAAAUAAAACUUCGAGAAAGCAAAUGCUUCAUCUGCCUGUUUUUAUGAUUUGUAAGGCAGAAAUUUCAAGUUGUAUUAUAUACCAGGGCCUAGAACCAAAACAGUCUCUGAUACUGCUGUCAGUAUUUGUGUACAGAAACUUCAUGCAGGCAAGAAAUAGAAGAUAAAUCACAGUCACAGCUGUAAUGUUUAUGUACUCGUACAGCAAAUUAAAGGACAACUUCUAAAAGAAAAAUACGUACUUUUGUUUUUUGAGAUAGAGGUUGGUAUCCUAUAUUUGCAUUAAGAGACUUUGGCCCAAAUCUACUUAAUGAAUUUAGCAUUUGAUAGAAAGGAAACUCUCAAAAUAUAGCAUUUUUCCAUAUAAUCAUCAAGCAUUUUCAUUGAACAGCUGUGGCCUUUUAUAAGCCCUGUGCUUUUCUAAAAUUUAGAGCUGUGUUUGUAAUUGAAAAGAAUUUAAUAAACUUAUUGUGCAUAGUGAUAAUAAAUCAGUGUUGAUGCAAUUAAUUAAGCUUUGCCACUAAGAUGUAUGCUAAUGCAAAACCUUGGGAAAACCUGGAAAUUGUAAAAGAAGUUAUGUUUAAAACUUCAUGACAACCUGUAAUAAGAUAAACGGUAUUAAACUAUUUUUGUCCCACUUAGACAACUUUCUUUUUUAAAUGCAACAAUCAGAAGGAACUGUGUCAGGAUUCUUCCUGAAGCCUACAGCAAAACCUUACAUCUUCAGUGGAGCUGGAUUGGAUGGCUCUAAGAUUGUCUUUCAUUUUACAAUUAAACUUCAAACUCGGGCUGCUUUGGCCUUGUCAGAAAGCAGACAUCUAUUAAAACCCAUGAACCAUUUCCUGCACAGGCCACUCAGCCCUUUUAGCUCCAGGAAGGUGACACUGGCAGAAUGUGAUGUGUUUUAUACAAUGUGAACUAGCCCUUGCAGGCCUUGCACCAGAGAGGUUUUAAUGAACCUGCAGUGUGGCAGCACUGUUCUACUCCACACAUUUCCUCUGUCUGCGACUUAAAUAUUAAUGUAUAUGCAGUUUAUGGUUCUGUCUUGGCUUUCUCAUGUGUCUUCAACUCUGCAUUCCUGCCUCAAUCCCUAUCCUCAAAUUUUGUGUAACUCUGACCGCACAGUUGUCUUAUGAGCUGCUUUGGAAAGCUGAUCCAACUCAAACCUUAUUUCGUUAAAUGCCAAAAUUAAUUAGUCUGUUUAUUAUUGACUAAAAGAGCUUUAAUACCCACAGAGUUCCCUCCCUUCUACCCUCUUGAAACUAAGACUAGAAUAAUGUCUACUCCCCUAAAAAAAAGGCUGGGAAGGCAUGCUUCUGAAACUCCCACACUGUCACUGAAAAAUGUGAGGAACUGUGCACGAUGGUGUGGAUGCCUCGUGCUGCAGUCCUGCCAUGCCUUGUCAUUUCUCCCAUUUUUAACUGCUUCCAGUGGCCCUUCAUUCCUACAUUUCCACUGUUCUCUUCUCCUACCUAAGCUUCCAAAAGAUAUUGCUCAACAUAAAGUAUUAGCCAUAAAACUAUGCAAAUAUUUUAGGGAUUAACAUAAAAAUACCUCUGUACUCAGAAUCAGAUUGUACCUGAAUAUGCUUCUAAAAAAUGGUAAGUCUUUGCCAUGUUAUUUAUAUUUGACUUUUAUUAUUCCAUUGCCUUUUUACCAGAUAAUUUGUUAAGACCAACUCUAGCCCCAAUAUAUACAUUAGAAUUUGAAGCACAGCUUUUAAUAUUAGGUAUAAGCCACUUACUGUGUGUUUUCAUCGAUAAAAUCUGAGUAUAGCUAUACAGGCAGCUAACAUUCCCAUUUUUAGCUAGCCAAAGCUGUAUACUAAAAAUAAAAAGUAAAAUGUAAUUCAUUUGCGUGAUUUAUUUCUACAUUGCAGUCAGAGGUCUUCUCAAAUACAUGCACCUGUGUAUUGGUGAAACUUCAGGGUAGCAUCAGGCCUGAAGGUGGGUGUUUGAACACAGUUACAAGCCACAUAGUAUACUGAGAGGCAGAGGCAUUUAUAAGAACCCAGCCUGGGGUUAUACAUCGUCACUCUGCUGUUCAGAGUGUUUCAGCAAUGACAAAAUUCUGUUUCAGAUGUGGCUCUUUUCCCCCCUCUUUCACACUAUUUUACUGACACUUUUUUUUUUUCUGUUGAUCUUCUGCACUGCUGAUAAACUCAUCUUACAGCACCUGUAAUUUUUUUAUAAUUAUUUUCUUUUAUUAUUAUGCAUUAGUUCUGUGUAAUUCUUUCCAUCUCUUUUUCUUCCAUCUCACCUUUUAUAAGAAUUUAAAGGACAAAUCCAAUCUCCAAAUACUACAGAGAUUCACCUUUGUGUAAAACUUACUGCCAAAUAAACAUGUAGAUAACACUCAGGAAUACUGUGACAAUGGCAAACAUUGACUUGAACUAAUUUUUUUAAGUUCUGUCUCAUCAAUACCUUUUCUAGAUGUUACCAUGAGAUGCUGCUGCUACUGUAAUCAUGUACAGGUGUAUGUCCAAAGGAAAAAUCUCAUAGGCGUGUGUUCUAGUACAGGGGACAAAACAUAAAUGAGUUGUCACACGUAACCAUUGCAAUAUAACCACCAUGGAGGACAAAGCAUGAAGGCCAGAACAUUAGCAGAAAAUUUGUACAGUUACACGCUCCCAACUAUUCUGGGAAAUACAUUUUCAAAAAACAUUCACAACAUGUAAGUAAAAACUCUUUUGAGGGGUAGACUUCAGCACUUCAAUGCAAGAGAAAAAAAGGGUUUUAUUGAGAAAAGGUUAUGGUGGAGAGAGUGUGUGCCUAACACUGUGUACUAAAUUUUGUCUAAUCUUUCUUUAAAUGCCAGGUGGAAUGUGCAAGCCACCUAUAGAAUAAGAAAACUUAAAAAAUUGUCUAUCCAUUAACAGGUUGCCACAGUUUAGGGAGGAAAGAUAUAUUCAGAACUGAAAGACAAUGAACUUUAGCAAGUAAGAUACAUCGACUGGAUCUUGGCAGCCACAUACUGAUCACUUAACUACUGGAAUUUUUGUCUAUUUGGAAAAAUAAUUCUAGAUAUGCACCAAUUAGGUGGUCCUAUAUCUACUGAAAUCACUGUUAACUGAUUCCCUAAGAUCAGAGAUUUAAGAAUCUUGCUUCAAGGAGAUGGUCUGAAAAAACAUCUUAUACAUGUAUUUUCUAGUUUUAUGAGUAGUUUUUGUAUGGGGGAGCUUGAAGAGCUGCUUCUGUACUGAUGUCACAUUCUGGAGAAAACCAAUAGUGAAUGAUGUUAAGACUUAAUCAUUAGAAAUGCUGAAUAAAAGGAAUGUGGUUAU